AUGGACAAGCCAACAGUGUUGGACGGCGACUUCGAGACUGAGCUACGUCGCCAUUUUCCGGAUGCCGACCAAUAUGGAACAUUGUUCGCAUUACGUGCUUUCACCAUUAAUUCGAAAGCCUUGCACAAUACUCACAUGGCUUACUUGCGUGCUGGCGCUCGGAUAAUAAGGACUAAUACAUAUCGAAUAAUCCCGGACGUUAUGCAACUUUUGCAACUCGAUUCGAUUGAAUAUAUGUCACUGAUAUAUCUGGCCGUAAUUGCAGCCAACACGGCCGUGAAAAUGUAUGCCAUCGAGAUGGGAUACGACCUCAAUUCCGAAGAAUACAAACGUAAUCGACCUUUAGUAGCAGGUUCCUGCGGCAGUUGCCUAUUUUCGCUUGUCCAUAAUAUGCGUGAUAAAUGGAAUAUACCAGUGGAGGUCUUGCAUAGGUUGUCGCAAACCGAAAUAAUACAGUUUCAUAAAACUCGUGUGAUGAAGUUAUUGCGGGCUGGUGUCGACUUGUUGACAUUCGAGUCUAUUCCUACUAUGAAUGAGCUCAGGGCUAUAUUCACUUUGUUAAAAUCGUAUAAGACAGCUCGCGUUUUGAUCUCACUUUUAUGUUCGGAUGAUGGAAGACUAAUGGACGGCCAUGAUUUUAGAGAUGUAGUUAGGAGAAUACGUUAUUUAUUGCCCUGUCAACUUUUCACGAUCGGUGCCGAAUGCCGAAGACCGGAAACAAUGAUCACCAUUAUGGAAAGCAUCAACUCACACGGGAGAGCAAAGAUCCCGUUUCUGUUGUAUAUUGACAAAAGUCAUACUUUGGAGAAUACCGGUGCAUCUAGCGCGGCACCGUCUCAGAGUCAUGUACAGGAAUUGAUAGCACGCGGAAUACGUUACAUUGCCGGUGGUAUCGAGACAAACGCGAUGGACACAAGAGUGAUUUGCACAUAUGUGGACAGUUUUUGUCGACCGACUUGUCAAGAUGACGUGUCUUCGGGCGAGGCCUCUACGUCUUUUAAGCCGAGCUCCUACCAAAAUAUCAAAACUCUAUCCAAAUUAUAA